GAAAAGACAGACGGCGCGGGAGGAGCGGAGGGGGAUGGCUGGCUAGCCGAGAAAAUGGCGAACAGCUGUUCCCGCAUGGGGCAUUUGCUACGGUUGUGUUGGCUUCUCUACUCCGUUCGCCUGGGCGUUCCGCUAGUGUACACUCCUUCCGAUGCCUACCAAGAGAGCCUUCUUCGGCCGUAUCGGACGUUCAGUGACGUGGCCAUCUUCCACUUCACAGUGCCUGCUCAAACGUCACGGGCGGCAUGGCAGUUUGUGGCCUUCAUGGACGAUAAGCACUGCCCGUCACAACCAGUUUACAUCUACCUCAGGCAUGGCAGCUAUCCUGUCGUCGCAGCAGACAACAGCUCUUUUCCCGCCCACACGCACCUUCCGAGCCAGUCUCUGUAUCACCUCAAGACGGAGACCAAGUUUCAGCCCACAGAGAUGCCGGAAUUCCACGUGCUCAACCCGCUGCCUGGCAGCUGGUUCGUCAUUGCCUUCCUGCAGGAGUCGAGCAGGCAGAUUAAGCAGCAGGGAAUCCAUCGUAGCUGCCAGUACAGCCUUGGCAGUAUGGCGGCUUGGACGCAUCACCAUGAGGUCAUAUUGCUCAACGUUGGCAUGCACCUCAACGUUACGUCACCACCUCAGCUGACUGUAUUUAAAGUCUACGUUCCCGAUGGCGCGUGGCAGCUGCUAGUGAGGAUAUCGGCCUGCGUCAAUGUCUCUUCAAAUCUUUCCUCAAUCAAAAGCGAGGCUGUUCAGCCUUGCAUCCGAAAGUUCGGGCUGCGUGCAAGGGCCCUCCCAUACGCGGAAGAUGUCAACGUCACUGGAAGUGACUUCUACAGCAUUGUUCCGCAGCCAGAGAUGGAAGCGUAUUACUACAUCGCCGUUGCGGCAGACAUGCACGUUGGCUACUCUAUCGUUGCGGACAUCAAGGACUGUCCCACUCCGUGGCACUUUUCAAACCGCAAGUCCAGCCGGCAGCCACGCCACCUGACCACCGGUUUCAACGAAUCAGAUGCCAGCAACGAGACCGCGUCCAAUCAGACAGCUUCGACCCUGUCUGCCGUCAGCCAGCUGCACGAAGACCACCAGAAGGUGGCGUCGGGUCCCAGCGGUGCCACCGUGACCACAACACCAACGGAGUUUCAGGCACACACCGCCCACUUUGUGAAGGAGAUUCUGGGAGAGCAGGGUAUACUGGCCGCCAUGCAAGGAUGCCUUCCAAUGAUACCCCUGACGAGGAUCAAGCAUGCGCAAGACUUUUUGGACUCCUUCUUGGUGCAGGGACCUGAGUGGUUUUCAUCGUGGCUGGGCCUCACCGAUGCAUUCCCAGUCGUGGUUGGCCUCCAGCUGGAGCCAUUCGUGGACAUUGGGGGCACGCUACAGACAAAAAUACAUCUAGACAGUAUGGUUAAGAAUUUGACAUCCCAAGUGGUCAUCGUGAACAUCUGCAUACAUCACGGUAGCCCGCCACCAUACGUGUCGGGACGCAUUCAGUGCCCCCAGGGUCUCUCGCUGACUGUCUCCACCAACGACAGUUUGGUGGCCAUCAAAUACUUCCCUUUCCCAGAGCCUGGCACUUGGUUCCUGUCAUUCACGGCAGGCUGCUUUAAUGGUUCAAGCUCGUGGGUGCCCGUGCGCUGCGAGUUGGAACAGACCAUAGUGGACCUUCGCAUCCGACUUCAGCCGUGCGUCUUCGAAGGCUCACCCUGUGGCCAGCACGGCUACUGCCAGGAGAAUCACUUCCGGCAGUUUUACUUCAGCUCCUGCCAUUGUGUUGGCGGUUGGCGUGGUUGGGGUUGCACCGACAACAGCAGAGCAACGCCAGCGCCUCUCCUUCUGAUGCGGACUCUGCUGCUGACGCUGAGCAACCUGUUCUUCCUGCCCGCCAUAGUCCUGGCCACCAGACGGCAGUUCUACACAGAGGCUGUCGUCUAUGGCGUCACCAUGUUCUUUUCAAUGUUUUACCAUGCCUGCGAUGUGGACAUGUUUGGCUUCUGCCUGCUGCGCUACGAAGUGCUCCAGUUCUGUGACUUCUUCUCGGCCGUGCUCUCAUUCUGGGUCACGCUGGUGGCCAUGGCCAACGUGCCCCCCACACUGGCCUCCAUCGCGCACGUGCUGGGCGCCCUGGGCGUGGCCCUCGGUGUGCAGUGUCAGCGCACCAGCCUGCUAGUCUUUGCCGUGCCCGCUGGCGUUGGAGCUUUCCUACUGUCUGUGUCUUGGGUCCGCAGGUGUUACCAGUCCCACUCUUGCCAGCCAACGUUGCGUGAGUGGCUGACGAACCUCAUUCCGGGCGUCCUCCUCGCCGCGGUCGGCCUAGUCCUGUUUGCCUUUGUAGAGACCGAGGACAACUACAAGUACAUCCACAGUGCGUGGCACAUUGUGAUCUCUCUCUCCAUCAGUUUCCUGCUACCAAAGCGCAACACGAGCACUGUGGCGCAAUGCAAGAAUGGCUGCAGUGCCUCCGUCAUUAGUGGCGGGGACACCAUGCAGUCCAUAUACGAGCGGGUGCAGCCAGUGCUGAACAACGACUCGGAGCUGGUCGACAUAGCCGACUACCGACUCGACACGGAUCUAACGUCACUCAUCAGAGGCCUCCACCCUUAAACCACCCGCCCAAUGUCCGGCAGCUGGCGUGUUGUUAACGUGCUUGAGAGAGUGAGAUCCGCCGAAUGAUCCGCACACUCUGCGACGGAUAUUUGGUGAACUGUUUGUUGGAAUGAACUGCUGGUUUGAUUGUGAAUUCAUAUUUGCAGUGUGCAGCCACAUAUGACAUGAUGUUGUGCAGUGUGAGGCAUGCUGAAAACUUCAGAGCAGUGCUUGAGCGCAGUCAAACAGUCAAAGCUCCUGACGACGCUCACUUGACCUUUUAUGCCCUGCAAAUCCCCAGAAAAUUGGUGCACUCGUCCUCUGCUAAGUAGACUGCAAAGAGAUGCACAAGUGGUUGAAACGCAUGUGCACAUUUAGAGUCUUAUGAACAUCACCGAGUUCAGAAUAGAUCAGUUUCACUGAUGUAAAGCUUACAGGAAGCUCAGAGCUCUGAGGAAGCUGACUGUGCACACAAUCGUGCGUAUCCUAAAUUCUGGAACCUUAAGCAGGCUCUACAAAUUCAUUGCGCCUGCAGGUUUGAAUGGCAGUGUGAUACACACAUCAGUGAAUCUGCAUGCAAAAAUGUGUUCCCGACUCAACGUCGACCUGAUGUGCUCAGGCUUUAAACUGUCGAGCAUUACGUGAAGCCACGUUUGCAAGCAGCCAGCAAACGUAACUGGCAAAGUCUUAUUGCUUGUCAAAUCACAAUGGCAAUGCUUGCUAGCACUGUUCACCCACUAAGCAUGCAUUACGAGGCUCUAUGUGUGAAGGAUGCACAUGCACGCCAACUUGUCAGAGCUGCAAUGUCUCUUUACGCCAUCGUAUGUACAUAGUCUCAGUAGGGUGUGCCCCUGGCAGCCGCUAGUCACAUAAAUAUUUCAACUUUGAAUUUAUUUACACAUCGAAAUGAGCAAACAGUCCACACUCGAGCCAUAGAUUCCUUCGGGCAACGUGAUGGGUGGGCUUGUCUUAAUGGCAUGGCAGCUGGCAACUGCAUCUGAGUAGCUUGGAAACUACUGAUAGGAAGCAUUUCGUCUUUAGUAGCUAUAUCCCAUCACAAAAAAAAAGCAAUGACCAGGCGGCCUUUUCAGUGAUGACUCGGCCUUUAUUGGAUGGCCUUUGGUUCUAACCAUUUGGCCUUUCUUGGCUAAGGCCAACUUUUAUUUACAACUGGCCAAUUCUUACUAGCUACAGCUAGUUGUUUCUUGGUUUAUUUUUUGCAGAGUGGCAUAUUAUCUACAGUAUAUUAAAAUGUAGUGGCGCGACAUCUGUGAAAAAACAUGAAUUUUCAGCAGCAUAGGCAUGCUACGUGUGCAAGUGUAUGCAACCUAGCACAUGUCGCCCUGCUUUGCCAACUGACAGUGCUGACUGCACAUAAAUCCAACUUUCUUUUGCAAUUUUUAAAUUUUUGCUCGCUAACUCAAUGUCAUUAGGCAAGAGAAAUAUUUUUAUUCAAAUGAGUUCGACAGUGUUGCUAGCAUUGGUCGCUGAGCCAGAUGCGUGGCGUCAACCAAAGGGUAGCUGCAAAACGCACAUACCUCGUUCACUGUGAGCAAUUGAAGAGCAGCCAUUUCUAGUACAGUACAAGUGGUCUCUUCAUAGUGUUGUGAAGCCCAGUAGAGGGCUUUUGAAUUAAGGAAACAUGACCCAAGACAUCUUGGGCAUACUGUGCGUAUUUUGUUUGUCACGUCUUCAUUGCCGUUAUUCCCACGAAUGUUAUCAUUUUUAUGGCUGUGUAGCAUUGCUUAGCAUUGAAUGGCAUGUUAUGUGCUGGGUGUGAUUUGAUAGGACUGUAAUGAUGUUGAAUUUUGUUCUGUCACCUGACCAUAAAACUGUGGAUACACGUUUUUGCUUGCCGAGGAUUUGAAUGCCUUGUUUGCACCAAGGCAAAGCUUUAUUUAAAAGAAAGCUGUACCACAAAAACUGCAGAAUGAGUGCAAAGUGAUUCAGAAGUAACAGAAAAAUUUAGCACAUAAUUUGAAGAGUGUAUUUAGUUCAUUGCAAGAUAUGGUUUUGACGGAAAUAUGUAGAAAAAUAAAUGUGAUUUUUUAAUAGGAAAAAAGUCUGUACUUACAUUUGCCACCAACAAAUGUCAGACUUGCAGUUCAACUGAAGUGCCGAGUAUCACUAACUACACUGGCUAGAAGGCAAUUUUGCUAUUAUUGAAAGAUAUUGCGGUGUUUUCUGUGCAUUUCUGCAAAUACUAAAUCUUGCAAUGGUUUAUAAUUUCUGUAUUUGCAAAUGUUGACUUUUUUCUGUUACUUCUAAUAGGCAGGGAGGAAGUGUUUUGCUUCGGAUUCACUGAACCGACUUUGAUGAAGCUUGUUGGAUUUGAAAGAGAAGGUGAAAAUAGGUUAAUAAUAUACAACCCAUUUGGAACAGACGUCAUAGCACCUUCAUUUCUUUGAGAAUUUUCAGGAAUUGGGAAAAAUAAGAAGAAAGGAAGCCACAUGCUGAUAACUCUGAUAACUUUGCAAUGAAAGCCGGGACAUCAGAAGCUGGUAAAACUUGUGUUGUACGAGCUGUUAUACACCGUUCUGAAAUGUACCACUGAUUUGUACGAGGGACUCUUGCCAAGGUGUUGUAGUCACUAACAAUUCCAGUUCAACGCUUAGAGAGUAGUUUGACUCGUGAUAACGUUUGCCGAUUUUCAACAUGUCUUCUACAACAUUUGAGGCCCUAAAUCAACAUUCUCCUUUGAACAAAUAUAACGGCUUUCUGUUUUAAAUGCAACAGGCAUCAUAAGGUACACCUAGUGGUUGUCCAAUAAGAAUGUUUCAGUAUCGACCAAUAUCAGCAAUGAAUUACAAUGUAGCAAAUCAGUUCUGAAAAAGACCGCAAGGAGAAGUGAUGUUCAUGAAAGGAAAAAAAUUGAUACGCACCCGUUAGCAGCAAUUCAAAUGUGAUACAAGUGUUACAGAACCCCCACACACGUCUAAUUUGUUAGUGUGCGAGAGGCAUGUGAUAGAUAGACUUGCCGAAACUUCGAAAGUAUGUGUCACUACUCCUUUAGAUGUUCUCAUAAAGUUCAUGCCAUUUUUUUUGUUACUAGGCAGCUUCCUUCUCUUUUUGAGUACUCCGAGAUAUUGUACAUGUGUCUGUCCUCUGUGUAGACCUGCUGCGCACUGUUAACGCUACUCGUACACAUUGCGCAGCAAUCCAGCCACGUAAUUUGCUGCAGCGCGGCUGCGUUUUGCAGCUAGCCCAGACUACUCAAUCAAAAUAAUCGGUCUGGAUUUCGUUCUUGAUAAUGCCCUGGUCAAGUUUACCUCUAUGGGCUAGAGGCAAAUGCUAGACUGUGCAUAGCCGUGGCCAUGGCUGCCAGGUCUGGCAAGUUUGCACUGUACAUUCGAUAGUCAUUACAACGAAGUCACAUUUGACGUAAUAACAACAUUGUCAUAACCGAUGUUCAUUACAAACGUGCAUCCGUUACACUGUUAACAGCAGUGAGACAAUUUCACUUGGUUCAUUAUACGCUGUAAUUUGUUAUAUCUGUGUUUGUCAUACUGGGGUUCGACAUACUGCCUUCGUUUAAAGCCCCUUGAUAUGCAAGAUACAGGGCUUCUACGCAACUUGGCUACUUACAGUCUACUUCUGGCAGGCCUUUGUGUUAAUAUAGACUACCCUAAUGUCAAACUUUACAACAUGUCUGUUUGAGCAAGUGAGCUUGCCAAAACAUAACAGAAAUGGCUAAUUUUUUUUAAUGGGCUCACUUAUUCAACACUGCACUCUUGUAACAGCCGAACGUCAUUAGACAACAAAGGUGCAUGCAGCAUGGUAAAGAACUCUACUGUAAGUGUAAAGUUUAUUACUUGGCAAUAUCAGCGAAGAACAUAACAAUUCUUCAUUGUAGCCUAAUAAUUCCUUUCAUCGACGUUUAUAAUGUUUACCCUUUUCUGUAGCAAAAAACUAUUUGACAACGUAAGAAGAUUUCCAUCCAUACUUUUUGAAAGUAGGAAGUCAGAAGAUAGAAAUUUAACCUUUUGCAUAAAAAAAAUGAAGCUUGUAAAGCUCAUCAUCAAAAUGUUGCAAUAGGUUAUUUUGCUUGGGAAAGCCAAAGAAUGGCAUUGCCUUUUUUGUCACGUGUGAUUUUCCCAUCUUUGAAUGGGAUUAACCUUGACCCCCUGUUGACCACGCUUCAAUAUAUUUUGCUGACAAUGUAAUUAGUUCAUGCUAGUCAGAUAUCAAGUUGCUGUUUGCCACAUCUUAUGUCUGUUUGUUGUACAAUUCCAGAAAGUUGGAACAAAGCAAGGGAGAGAGAGUGUGUUUGUGUUUGCUAGUCCUUUUGCAGAUCCAUAAUUUUCCUUCUGUGUGUUUACGCUUUGUACAGUUUUAUUUGCAUUUUAUGAGAGUCUAGUCAAACAUUAUUUUUUCUCUUACAUUUUAACGAGCGUUACGGUGUUCUCGACAGCAAACCUUUUCUUGCUGCUUUGAAAAGGAGAGCCCUUGCCCACUACAAUGAACUCUAAGAACAUUGCCAAUCCAACAAAAUGUUCUAGCAAAGAUACUUGCAUCAAAGUGCAUAUGUUCAUUUUUAUUGCGAAGAACACUUGCUGUGCUGUUGUUUUUAGUCUGCUUCUUCUUUAGACUUUUUUUAGGCUGUUUGUGUUACCUGUCAAAGUGUACGUGAAGUGUGUUUUUGCUCUACUUAAAGAUGCGAUCACCCAAUUUGGAUGAAAGCCAUUGCAUCUAGAAGUUAAAACUGUACCAAGUUUUUUGUAACAGACAUUUUUGCUUAGGCACUCAGCUUUUGUUCAGAAAUUGCUGAAAUCAAAAGACUUUCUAGACAAUGAAUCAUCUCGUUUAUGGCUUUGUAAUUCAGCAAUACCUUCAGUUAUAUGUAUAAACAAAGUUCAACACGAUGCCUAAAGCAGACAAAGAUAUAUACGUUAUGUUAUAACUUGGUUGGUCUGAAAUAUGCCUUUGAUUUGCGACCGGCACUGUCGUUGAACUCUUGUAAAGAAACCAAUGGUUUCACGUAAGCAAAGUAAUCUGCAACGCAUGCCCAGCUCAAGGGCUUUAAGGGAAUUGUGAUUUCUGUUCUUACACAGAAUUGGUGCUUAUGCUUAUUUAACCAACUUUCAGCAAGUUGCAAAAAAAAAAUUUUGAAGGCUUAAAUCAAACUAAAGUUGGAACAUUUUUUUUAGAGAUUUACUGAAUUGUAAUUAAAUGAUUUCAAUGACUUCCUGGCGAGGAUUUCCGUGUUUCACAUGUCUCCGUUUUCGAAAAUAGGAGUCGGCAAAGCAAACUUGCUCAUAAUUGUGGGUACAGUUUCAGAGGUGUUACUGCAGGAAAUUGGCCCAUGCAACCUAAGCGAGCCCCACAUAUCAAGCAAUACACAACGUACAAGCCAUCUUCGUUCUCGUUUAAACAAGUUGUUCCAUGUCAUCACUGUCACCGUGUACGUAACUUGCCUCCAACAAAUGUCCCUACGUAGUCGACGAAACCGGGUGCGGUUUCCGAGUAUUGUGAGGCAGUGUUAAGUUUUUAAAAUGUUGUUCAGUGUGUGUUUGAUGGCUUACUUCUUGUGACAGCGGGAAGUUUCUUUUUUCUAACUCUGAGAAAUUAAAACGGAACCGCUAGUUUUGUGCAUUCGUUAAGUGUACACCCGUCAUCGUCGAGAGGCAGCUUGCACACGUUGUGUGCGCGCAGGUCGUGAAAUGCUGAUGUAAUCUUUUGCAGCAGUAAAGAAAACUGAUAUUUUCUUUUUCCCAA